GAUACAGACAGAGAGAGUAGGAGAGAGAGAGAGUAGGAGAGAGACAGAGAAAAAGAGAGAGAAAGAGAGAGACGUGUAGGGAGGGUGUUCCUUCAGGAGGACUGGUUUGUCUGUCUGCACCUGGAGCAGGAAGGCCCAGCAGAGGGGCAAGGAUGGAACCCUACCCCCAGGUGUUCGUAGUAGACAGCCAGGCCAGCAUCGCCCCUCUGCCCAGCAGGCAACAUCGUCGCUGGGGAGGGAUUUGUCAGAGGCUCCUUCCCCUGCUGGUGGGCCUGGCUCUCCUGGGAUUGGUCGUCCAGUCUGGCUGUAUUUACUACCUGUACAAGAGGACAGAGGCUCUGCAAUUGCCCCAUCAGGAUGGUUCAGUCCUCAGCAGGUCAGGAUCUAAAGAGGCCAAUGAGAUCCCCACGUUGGUGAGGACACGCCCACCAGAGAGACAGCAGAGGGCCUCAGCACACCUGUUAGCCUCCCCCGGCCUCUUCCUUCCUCCUCCUCUCUCAGGAUCCAGUGAGGUGUCUGAAGAUAUAGUCCAUUGGGACUCUGGCCCGAGAGGUGAUGCCUACACUCAAGGCAUGGACUACAAAGAUGGCUACCUGGAGGUGAAAGAGAAAGGGUACUACUAUGUGUACUCCAAAGUGCACUUUCAGGAAUGCUCCCUGUUCAAGCACAAAGUCA